AUGUAUGCAAUGAAAGAAGAAGACUGUCUUCAAACAUUUCACAACUUACAAGACUAUCAAGACCAGUUUCUUCUUCAUCAUCAUCCACAGAUCCUCCCUUGGUCUUCUUUACCCUCCUUUGAUCCGACCCAUUUCCCAUCUAACCCGAUCCGUUAUCCUGAUCCGGUUCACUACUUCAACAGAAGAGCUUCUUCUUCCUUUGACUAUGCUGAUGGUUUCGUGUCUCCUCCUCCUUCCAUCGAUAAUCAACAUAAUCAGAACCAUCUAAGAAUCUUAUCCGAAGCUCUUGGACCCAUUAUGCGUCGAGGCUCGUCCUUCGGGUUCGAUGGUGAGAUCAUGGGGAAAAUGAGUGCACAGGAAGUCAUGGAUGCUAAGGCUUUAGCUGCUUCAAAGAGUCACAGUGAAGCUGAGAGAAGAAGACGAGAGAGAAUCAACACCCAUCUUGCUAAGUUGCGUAGCAUUUUACCAAACACAACCAAAACGGACAAAGCUUCGUUGCUAGCUGAAGUGAUCCAACACAUGAAGGAGUUAAAACGACAGACAUUACCGAUCACGGACACGUGUCAAGUCCCAACAGAGUCUGAUGAUCUGACCGUCGAUUCAUCUUACAACGACGAAGAAGGAAACUUGGUGAUAAGAGCUUCCUUUUGCUGCGAUGACAGGACUGACCUCAUGCAUGACGUCAUCCAUGCGUUAAAGUCUCUUCGUCUUCGAACUCUCAAAGCUGAGAUCGUCACCGUAGGUGGUCGUGUCAAGAACGUCUUGUUCUUGAGCCGAGAAGACGGUGGAGAUGGUAGAAACUUCGAUGGUGAUGACGUGGAAGAAGAUGAAGAAGAGAAGAGAUAUAAUCGUGUGAGUUCGAUAGAAGAAGUGUUAAAGGCGGUUAUAGAGAAGUGUGUUAAUAAUAAUGGUGAUGGUGAUGAAAAUAAUAGCAAUAAUAACUUGGAGAAAUCAUCUUCAGGGAGCAUUAAAAGGCAAAGGACUAGUAAGAUGGCAACUCGAUGUUAUAAUUAG